AUGGCUAAAAUAUUGCACCUUCUACUUGUUCUCUUUCUAUCUCUUCUCCAAAGAUGUGUAUUUUCAGAUCAAUCACAAGGUUUCAGCCUGAAUCUCGUCCGACGAGAAAUAACCGACACCGAUAUUUUCCCCGACACCAUUCGGCCCCGGAUCACCCGGUCCUCGUACUUGUACACCAUCGAUGCGUCAAUAGGCACGCCGCCGAGGAAAAGGACCUUCAUCUUCGACACGGGGAGUGAACUAACAUGGACGCAGUGCACGCCGUGCGUCCACUGUUUCAAGCAAGACUACCCCUUAUUCGAUCCCAAAACGUCGACCUCCUACAAAAGACUAACCCCGAGUCACGCCCUCGCGCGAUUCUUCCAACGCUCCAACAACGGGGAGUGCGUCUUCAACAUGAUGUACAUGAGCGGCGAAUCGUCGUCCGGCAUUGCAUCGGUCGAGACCUUCACUUUCACAUCGAACAAACGUGGGGCCGAGAGUGUAAAAGGGGUCGCUUUCGGAUGCUCGAACAACCAUCGAGGCGAAAUCUCUAGCAACACUGCGGUAACCGGGAUCAUGGGCAUGAACCGGUCCCCUCUCUCCUUAAUUAGUCAAAUGGGCACAAAAUCGGCUCGACGAUUCUCUUAUUGCCUCCCGAAACUUAGUUCCCCCGUUAAAUCGACAUUUCUUAGAUUCGGAAACGAUAUCAAGGACAAAGGAAGUUUCCAGAAGACCAGUUUUCUUACCUCGGGAAGCGACUACAAUGUGAGAUUGCUGGCCAUAAGCAUCAACGGUCGACAAUUGAGCCUUCCAUGGGGGGCUUUAUCGAAGGGAUGUGUAUUGGAUGUGGGUAGUGGUGCAUCUAAUAUCGAGAUGGGGGUUUAUAACGUCGUUUUGAGCGUGCUUAGAGAAUAUUUCGAUAGGUUUAACCUCACGAGGGUUAAUGAUAUUCCGAGUCCUCUAGGGGAUUUGUGCUACCGCGUACAACGGGCAUUUAGAAGCUACCCGAGUAUGGUUCUUCAUUUCCAGGGGUCAAAUUUUGAGAUUGGGGCGGCAAAUUUGUUCCGUUUUCGAGACGAUUACUUUUGCUUGGGGAUGUUCGGAAGGCAGGGUAUGUCGAUGACGAUGCUACUUGGAGCUUAUCAGCAACAAAAUGUGAGAUUUGUAUAUGAUGUUGGCAAUGGAAAACUCUUGUUUGGUAAGGAGGACUGCUCCCAGGAUAAAGCUUGA